AUGCAGACGGGUGAAACAAAACGAUACAGCACAGUACAUGAUCAAAUCUAUGAUGACCGUUUCAAAUAUGUGGACGGUUUGGUUGCAAUGAAAGCACAGAUUGAAAAAGUCAGGGAUAAAGAAUAUCGCAUAUAUGCAGGUACUUUGGCCUUGUAUAUUAUAAGUAACAUAAAUUCUUGAGGAAAAACAAUUUAUCAUGUCGAUUUUAAAUACAGAAAAACGUGAUACACUUUUUAGCAUUGUUUGAAGCAUUUUAAAAUCACUAUUAUUUAACUUGAAUGACUUUGAGGAAAGCCCCACGAAAUUCAACUUCCGCGUUGAAUUUCUUUGCAAAAUACUGAAUCAAUAUAAUAUAUGACUUCGAGUGUAAUGCAAAAGUUGACUUUAUGUGUAGCGUAACUCUUACGUACUGUGAUGCUACGCCCUGAUCAUUAUAAAUUAUAUGAUAGGUAAAGCGCUUUAUGGGACUCAUGUCAGGGCUGCAGAUCUUCGUGGUGGAGCUGCCCUGGUUCUUGCGGGUUUGGUUGUUCAAGACGAUGCUCAAAGCUCAACAGUUGUACACGAUUUUCAACGCAUCCAGCGUGGUUACGAAGACAUGGUGAAAAAAUUGAAUAAAUGUGGUGCCAAGUUGUAG